AGCGAGCCCUACUUGGGGAUCUUGAGCGCGCGCGCGACUGAUGCUGCUAAAAGACUGAGAGAGUGGUUUCUUCUCGCAGCACCAUGAGCUGGAGCUUUCUUACACAGAUGUUGGAUGAAAUCUCCAACCACUCCACCUUCAUGGGCAAGAUCUGGCUCUCGUUAUUUAUCAUCUUCCGGAUCGUUUUGACUGUCGUGGGGGGAGAAUCGAUAUACUAUGAUGAACAGAGCAAUUUUGUGUGUAACACCCUGCAACCUGGCUGUGAAAACGUCUGCUAUGAUGAUUUUUCACCACCACCCCAUCAAAUAAAUUAUUUUUUUUCACAGAUAAUUAUGAUCUCAACUCCCACUGUUAUGUACCUGGGCUUUGCUAUGCACAAGAUCGCUCGCAUGAAUGAUGAGGAGUACAAGCUGAGGAACAGGAAGAGCAUGCCAAUGAUCCACCGCAGAGCCAACCGUGAUUAUGAGGAGAAUGAUGGGGACAACUGUGAGGAAGGUCCCAUGAUGAUGGAGGAGAUCCUGCCAGAGAAAACUCCUGAGAAGCCUGCCCCUAAACACGAUGGGCGGCGGAGGAUAAAGCGGGAUGGGCUCAUGAAAAUAUACAUCCUGCAGCUUCUAUGUCGGGUUAUUCUUGAGGUGGGCUUUCUCUUUGGCCAGUACAUCCUGUACGGUUUUAAGGUCGCUCCUUUAUACGAGUGCACUCGCAGCCCCUGCCCACACACGGUGAACUGCUUUGUGUCACGUCCCAUGGAGAAAACCAUCUUCCUGCUGAUCAUGUAUGCAGUUAGCGGUCUAUGCUUGUCUUUCACGGUACUGGAAAUUCUUCAUUUGGGCCUCAGUGGAAUCCGUAAUGCUUUUUUCACACAUGCACACCACCACAACAUCACACGCCCCCGUAGUACCAUAUGCAGACAGGUGCCCACAGCCGUGGGAUUGAAACCGGAGUAUAACUUGGACUCGGCUCGGGAGACUCUGCAAAAUAUUGACCACCUGCAAAGACACCUAAAACUGGCCCGGCAGCAUCUGGAUAUGGUCUAUCAGAAUGGGGAGAGCAGCCCUGAGUCCAACAACACUGCUGUCGGGCAGAACAGACUCAACGUCGCUCAGAAGAAGCAUGGAAGCAGAUGUGAUAAAGGGAUCCGUGUUUGAUUGAAAAUAGCAUCUACUUUCCUGUGCAACAAAGCACCCCAGCUGUGGUUGGCAUUACUCAUCUUGAAAGUGGAAAGUGUCUGUGUGUGUUGUGUAUUUUGUGUUUGGCUGCUGAACAUGUGAAGCAUCGUGAGACUGAGUGGAGCAAGUGUGUCCUUACGCACACUGGUCAAUCUUUGAUAAUGUGUCGUGCAGUACUAUGGCAAGUGAACACUAAGAUGGUUGUUAUACUCCUCAGUCACUAGGUGGCUGUGCAAUGUCUCAGUUCUUGUCAUCUCACGCUUUUUUUUUUUUUCAUAGGGAAAAUAAGUUUUGGUUCUUACAUUUGUUUACCACACUUCUUUAUGAAGUGCCAAGGGUUGCAUCUCAAAAAUGCCUUAAACUGGAGAUUAUGUAUCUUUGCCAUUCCAAAAUGAGAUGGACGAACCACUGUAAAACCACAUAAGAAAUGUAGUUCAGAAAGUUUAUGUUUAGCACUUAGAACAGUGCUGUGUUUUGAGUAGUGGGACCACAAUUAGUGGAAGUUUGUAAUGAACAAAAUGGAAACCUGAAAAAUGUUUGAAUACUUGUGGAUCAAUUAUUGAUCUACAAAGAAGCAUUUGAUAUUUUAUUUGCAUAUUGCGUACUUUACCUAUAUAUGAAAAGUAUAUUGUUUACCACCUGUCUUAUUUGAAGAAGCUUCUCUUUAGGCUACAAUUUCAGUCUUACUUGUUUGCUUUUUGUUUACUUCCUUAUUUUCUGAGGCCUUAAACAAGUUUGGUUUUGUUUGGCUUUCGUUUCAUUUGACAAACUGUUAGAGAGGUAAACACUCAAGUCUCAGAGAAUGUCUUCACACAAGCACUAAUAAAAUUAUUAAUUUCAUUUGUUUUUCACCUUUAAAAAAAGGUUGGUGUAAAAUUUUGGCGCCUUUAUGCAAAAAGUUUGUCCAAAUGUAGUUUGCAUUGAAUAGCAAUAAGGUCUCAAAAUUGAAAGCCAUAGAGCCUAAUGUUUUAUAUUGUAUUUUAUAAUCUUAUAAUAAACCUUGGUUAAUUGUUUUUUUUUUUUUAGAAGUAUCGUUCAGUGAGCUCAUGUAUCCUGAUUUUAAAUGACAUUUGCCUUUAUGUAACACCAACUUACUUUGAGAGUGCUAGAUUACAGCAAAGAUUCGCAUAUGCACAUUUUGUGGUGUGCAUAUGUAGUUGUAGUUUUACUUAUUUAGUGUUUACUGUAGUUUUUUUUACUGUAGUUUUACUUAUUUAGGGUUCCUGAAAGAUUGUUUAGUCACUCACUAUAUGUUUAUCAUAUAAUAAAUUACCUUAAAUAUUUACAAGUUGUUUUGUAACUGAAAAGUCAUGUUUGUAAUACUUGACGUAAUUGUGCAGUUAUUUAAUAAAUUAUGACUUAGUCAAAUCAAUUUUUUUUUUUUUUUUCUCUACUGUCAUCUCAAAAUGGACAUUUUGUCUCAUUUCAUAUGCAUAAUGCUGUAAUGCCUAAAUUCCCUUGGGUAUCACUGC